CCACCCCACGAAAGGGUGUUAGGGUGCCAGUGAAGGGUGUGAAGAGGCUGGGGACUCUUUUCCAUCCAAAGCAGAGCACAAAGUUUCAAGUGUAGUGCCGGGCAGUAGAAUUUGCUGUUGUGUUAUUAACGAAGCUUACGGAAAUGUUGUGACUGAUGUGACCUAAUUAACAAAACCCCCAACAAGUUGUUAAACAAGUGUGAAAAAUGUAAUCCUUCAAGCGUGGGAAAGCAUAAAUCCAUCAUUGGCAGCAAAGAACGGAGAUUACUCGCUCCGAAAAAAAUGUGAUAUUCCCGUGUUCUUGGCCCAUACGUCUGUGAUCUUACAGUUGUGAGUUUGCGUGGAAAUCAUAUCAAACCCCCACCCCGACCCGACAGUGAAUGGUGGUUGUGAUUAUUUAUGCUUGUGUCCUGUGGCCGAUGGUGAAGCAGCCGCAGCACAACAGCCAGCAACCGUAAAAGCGUUGGAUUAUCCACAGGGAACAACAUCAACGGCACCGGCAAGUGGUCCCUCCAGCGUUACCAAUCCCGAGCAGCGGAAGGACUCAUCGACCGGAUACACAAUGAGUCACUGUGAUAACAACUGGAACGUGAAUUUGGUUCGGUUCUUACCACUCGCCCUCAGAAUCUACAUCGUGACAUGGAACGUCAGCACCAAGUUCCCGGAAAACAUCUCCCUCAACAAAUUGCUCGGGUUGGAGAAUCGCCCCGACCAGGACACGGCACUGCCGGACUUUUUUGUGAUUGGACUGCAGGAGGUGAAUGCGCAACCCCAGAACACGCUGUACAACCUGUUCAAGGAUGAUCUUUGGACGCAAAAGUUUAAGGAGGUGCUGAAGGAGCGUGACUUUGUUGUGAUCAAGACGGAGCAGAUGCAGGGUUUGCUGCUUUCCGUGUUUGCCCGGCGGAAACAUCUACUUCAUCUGCGACAGGUCGAGACGGAGUACACCCGGACGGGGCUGGGUGGAAUAUGGGGUAAUAAGGGAGCGGUGAGCAUACGGCUGAAUGUGUACGGCAGCUCGAUCUGUCUGGUGAAUGCACAUCUGGCCGCACACGACCACAUGCUGGAGGAGAGAAUCAAUGACUACGAACGGAUCGUGCAGGAGCAAAAGUUUCACGUCAAAGCAAAGGAAACCAUCUUCGAUCAUGACUACGUGUUUUGGUUCGGAGAUCUUAACUUCCGGCUGACGGGCGAAGCGACCACAUCCGCCGACGAGAUCCGUGCGAUGGUGGCACGGGACGAACUGAAGCAGCUGAUCGAGAAGGACCAGCUGCUGCUAGUAAGACGCGAGGGUCGUGCGUUUAGUCAGCUACAGGAACGAUUACCACAGUUCCCGCCAACGUUUAAGUUCGAGCACGGCAGCAAUGACUACGACAUGAAACGAAGGCCCGCCUGGACCGAUCGGAUACUGUACGCGGUGAACGAGAACAACUACCGAAAUGUACGGCUGACGGCAGAACAAACGUCGUACAAAAGCCAUCCAAGUUACAGUAUUAGCGAUCACAAACCAGUUACGAGUGAGUUCACCCUAAAGUGUACGCUGGAGGCUAGCCGGGACGAGAAUGGUAAUCUGUACGCUAGUGCCACCACCACUAGCCGGAAGCUUAAGACGAUACGGCGCAAGAAACGGCGUCCCGCGGCGCUGCACAGUACCAAACAGGCGGACGCACCCAGGGAGGCUAGGGUGAAUCGAAAAUCUCAGUACAAUGUGGAACACUUCCGGAAUCAGCAUAACAAUCGGCUUAGCUACAAGCUCGCCAUGCGUAAUAAUACCGAUGUGCAUUCUUUCGACGAUCUCGUCACGGAUCUGAUCGAUUACGGGCAGGUGUACGAGGAUACGACCGAGCGGACGAUUUCGUUCAAGCCGAUCGAGCUGUGGCUGGUCGGCGAACCGAACACGAUCGAGUACGUCAUCCCGAACGGGUUCGACGAGGGCAAUGCCGACUGGAUCGGUAUCUAUCGGGAAAACUUCACCAGUCUGAGCGAGUACCUGGCGUACGAGUACACGGAAACGUACAAGGACAAGCAGCACCAGCUGAACGAGCAGCAGCUACAGCAUCUGCAAAACACCCGCACGGUGCAGCUGACGUUUUCGGAAAACGUUAGCCUCCCGCUGGACACGCGCUACCAGCUGCUGUACUUCCAAAGCACCGGCACCCGGGGCGUGACCGGGCUGGUCGGCAUUAGCGAUUCGUUCGCGGUCGAGAAGCGAUGCCCAUCGCCAUCGUUUGACGAAAUUGAUUGAUCGCGGCCCAAACGGUACUAAGCCGGGCAGUGUGGCCUGUGCUGCGCACUACAGUUUCCUUCACCAGAUUUCUUGUCCUGCUAUGAACCGGGAGUGUGCUACACAAAAAACCAAGUGAAACAAAAUGGAGGAGAGUGACAGUAAAACAGCAAACCACAACAGCCAAAAGACGCCCAAUUCUCUUCCAAUCAACUCAAUCAAUUGUGCGUAAUAAGGUUGCGUAGUCACCUUCUAGCGAUCAUCCUUCUAAUAGUGGUCAAUGUCGGAGGAUUUUCGGUUUCGGUUUUAGCUGUGCCUCGUACCACACACACACACACAGAAUAAGCUAGACUAGCGAGGUGAGAGGCCUUAUCGCAUUAAGCUUAGCUGGGACUAACAGUAACCAAAAAGAGCAUGCACAGCAGCAAACGCCCAUUGCAUCACUUAUCACGAGAUUUUGAUCCAACUUUGCCUUACAAGCGCCGCACGAUUACUGCAAAUCUUUAAACGUCUAUCCGUGAAGUGAAGAAUGAUGGUAGCACUCUAGGACAGAUAUCGUAACCAAGGAUACGCCGGUGUUGCCCUUCAAAACCGUCGAUUUGCUCACUGCGUUUAGUUUUGCUACUGUUGAGUGUACGCGUCGGUUUCUGUCUUUUAGGUGUGAAAUUCUGUAUAGUGUACACACAUCGCUUAGUCGGGUUAUAUUUCGUUGUUUUUUUAUAGUUUUGUAGGGAAUUUGUUUUUAUUAUACGUUUAAGAUUGUUUUAUUGUUCUCUGUGCACACUCGUACACACGCACCCAACCAACCAAACACACAAACACACAGUGAAGGACUACUUUCUAUGGUCCGUGUUGCUUGCAGAAACUAGUGGUAAAAUACUUAAAGAAACUAAUGCAACAACGGCACCCCCCCGUUUUCGUGCCCUCGUCGCCGUCGGGCAAUAUUUAGCGUUAGUAGUCAAGGCGAAAAUCCCCUCCCCCUUAGAGGCCGCAUCAAUGCCAAUCUUGAAGUAAAUACUGGACGAUUAGAAUUUUAAAAAUCUACACUUAACACAUAUAUAUUAAUUUUUUGUUGGUGAUCUUGUUAAGUCGAAACAAGAAAAAAAAACAAACAAAAUACAACAACCACAACACACAGGUAGAUAAAGCGACACGCUAUUCCCUCGUAUUGACGAAUUACAAAUAAACGUUAAAUGAAAUUGUUUCAUUUCACCUUCGAA